CUGCGACCGCGACGGCGUUUACCCUACUUUCACACAUUGCUUCUCCUUUGUGUGAAGCUAAAGGAAAACAUGUCGAAAAAGGUUGCAGUCGUAACAGGUGCGAACAAGGGUAUUGGAUUUUCAAUUGUGCAGGGGUUGUGCAAAGCUGGCUAUGCUGGCGACAUCAUACUCACUGCGCGCAACGAGAAACUUGGACAGGAGGCUGUGGGAAAACUGAAGUCCGAGGGAUUGAAUAACGUGCUCUUUCACCGUCUUGAUAUCUGCGACCAAACCAGUUCUGAAGAACUCCGGAAGUUCCUCGAGAAGAAUUACGGCGGUUUGGAUGUCUUGAUCAACAAUGCUGGGAUUGCAUUCAAAGCGGCGGCCACGGAGCCCUUCGGAGAGCAGGCGGAGGUCACCAUGCGCACCAACUUCUGGGGCACCCUGUGGGUGAGCAAGGCCCUGCUGCCGCUGCUGCGGCCCAACGCACGGGUGGUCAACGUCUCCAGCUUCGUCAGCAAGCGCUCACUGGACAAGUGCAGCCCGGAGCUACAGGCAAAGUUCCGCAAUCCAGCCAUCUCAGAGGAGGAGCUGUGUGGACUUAUGGGAGAGUUCGUGGUGGCAGCUCAGAAGGGAGAUCAUGAGGCCAAAGGAUGGCCAAACUCCGCCUAUGGAACCACUAAGAUUGGCGUGACGGUUCUGUCCCGCAUCCAGGCCGCUGUUCUGACCCAAACGCGGGCAGCUGAUGGGAUCCUGCUGAACGCCUGCUGUCCUGGCUGGGUGCGCACAGACAUGGCCGGCCCCAAGGCCACCAAGAGCCCCGAGGAGGGGGCCGAGACGCCCGUGUACCUGGCCAUGCUGCCCACUGGAGCCCCCGCACCCCACGGCCAGCUGGUGUGGGACAAAGCGGUGCAGGAGUGGUGAGGGCACUGCAGGGUCCCACAUACUGACCACUAACGCCGCAAAACUGACCAAUGGCCCACUCUGCUUUAUAGAGUAUUUUUACAGUGAUUAUGGGAAGAUGUGGAAGAGUAUCACACAUCAAUUCCACGACAGUUAAAAUACUGGUAAUUGCUGUACAGUAUGUUCACGUACGUACUGUGCGUACACUUUUUUACUUUGCAUUAAAAGUUUUGAAGGACAUAAAAAUGUGUACGUUUGCAGAAAUCACAAGUCAAUAAGCUUUUUGCCGUCGCUCCUUAUAGGCAAUGUCUGGAAUCAGAGAAAUGCACUAGCCUCAUCUGCUCUUCUGUUCUUUUUUUACUAAAUUGUUGUGCACAUAUACAACCACAUUCCAAAACUAACUGGGUUCAUACAUUGAUUAUUUGUUUGAAUGAAAGGAUGUUGCACUGCAAGUCCAAUUAAUAAAUUGUUUAUUUUGCCAUUUA